GUUUAGGCUAUUGUGGCGUGAACCGGCUAGCGGAAAAAGCAGAUGUCGACAGCGUCCCUGCAUUUGCGACUACGGGCGGAGGACGAGUGGACGAACAGAUCUGGCGUCGGCGUUGGGGUGUGAGUUUUGGGGGGCACGAUGAACAUCAACGCGUUGCUGUCGCCGGAGGAUGGAGUGGGUGCCAGUGAGGGCGCCAGUGCAAAUGCUGUUGCCGCUGCUGUUUCUGCUGCUGCUGCUGCUGCUGGUAGUGGUGGCGGUGGAAUCAAGGCCCGCGCAACAACAGCAGCAGCAUCAUCAGCACCACCGCGAGGCAUAGGCAUAGGCACAGGCAUGCGGCCCGUAGGUGGCAAACGCACUUCAUCCGGAUUGAGCCAGCAGCUAUCACACUCGCCAGAGCGACCGACUGUUUCGCCAGUACCGCCAGGUGAUGCCGCAUCGCAUCGGCCAGUUGUUCUCGGCGCGCAGCAGCAUCAGCAUCAACAACAGCAACAACAACAACAAUUGUUCGCGCCACCGGUACAGGCUGCUCCGCCCAUACGCCGCUCAUUUCCCUCCACCAGCAAUCCAGUGCGCUCGUCGGACCAACACAAUGUGUAUGGAUAUGCCCAGAGGCCUGCCGCAGCACCGAGGCCGUUGUCGAAUCCUCAAAUGGAAACUUUGACUGAUCUUACUGGUGCUACUUCUUCUUCUCAGCAUCGGCAACAACAACAACAUCAACAACAACAACAACCACCACCCCGGGCAUAUUCACACGACCAUCUCGGGACACAAACCCAGGCACGGCCCAAACUGCAGUCGCAUCAGUCAUCGAGUGCAUCGCCCCCAGUCGCGCGGACCAUUUCACGUCAAAGUCUGGCGGACCUCACCAUGGCCGAGGCACCUGCCCAGACGCCUCCUCCCCGAGACUUUGUUUCCAACGCGUUGUCAGACGAGGAAUCGCAACGAGUAUCGGAACUGCUUGCCUAUCUUCGCGAGAACUCAUAUGCGUACCAACAUCAUGUCGAGCUCAUCAACUUACUGCACAAGGGAUUCCUUGCGCAUGUCGGUGCCACCGAGGCGAUGCAACCAGGCGAGCCGAGCACGUAUGCGCUUCUGAAGGAAAUGAGACAAGCCAGAGAAGCUAUGGACUCACGAUUUGCUGUUGGAGAAGCCAUCUGGAUGGACUGGCUCAACGAUGAGAUUAUCGCAGCCAAAAGUACUGAAGAACGAAUUGCAGUUCUGGAGUUAUGCCAGAAGGCUGUUGCAGACGAGCCAGCCUCUGUGAAGCUGUGGCAAGCGUACGCGGACUACGUCUCGGACAGCUACGUAGUAUGCCACGCGUCACAGGACAGCAGCGACCAGGACUGGAUCGCUGAGUGCAAAGAACUCUUUACGCUGGACUUGACGCUGAGCGUGCUCGAGCAAGCCGCGGCGGCCACACAAUGGCGCAUUGACGAAAGCCAUACUAUGUGGAAUCGCUUUGCCAAAGUGGUCUACGACCAGCUGUCACAACACCCCUCUCCAGCUGAGGUGGGACGUAUACAUAAUCUCUUCCUUUCCCGAUUGAAGACGCCUCAAGCACAUUGGGCGGACACCAUGCAGCUCUACUGGCCAAUCAUUUCCAGGUUCGAGGGUGAAAAUUGGGAAGCAGCAAUAGCACAUAUCAAUCAACAGGCUGAGCCGGCAAAAGCUUGCUAUAGUUUGCGAGAGGACCAUGAAGUCAAGCUUCGGCGAGCGAUUGAAAGUCAUGACAGUGCUGCCGUUCAUCAUCAGGUGGAAAGGUAUCUCAAAGACGAGAGGUUUUAUGCCUUGAAGCCACGAAUGGCAAGUCCGUUCGACUACGAGCUACGAUGCGCAUUGUACGAAAGGGCAGUCCUGCUCGAACCCACGAACCUGGAGUGGUGGCUGGACUAUGUCGACUUUCUCAUGACAGAUCCCAAAUCUACCUCGCUCCUAUCGGUCAUUGAGCGCGCCACGCGUCACUGUCCUUGGUCAGGCGAGCUGUGGGCUAGACGAAUACUGCGUGCAGAUGUGGAGCAGCUGUCACGAGAUGAUAUUGGUAACAUCAAGCAUCGUGCCACUAAUGCUGGAUUGCUAGAUGUGGGAGGUCUCGAAGAGUAUGUCAAGAUGCUGCAGGAGUGGUGCAGCUACUUGCGGAGGUAUGCUUUCCGGGAGACUAGCACCGAGGAUGAUAUUGACACAGCCGAAUUUGGCAUGCAUUCGGCCCUGGAAGAUGUGCAGGAGGCUGGCAAGAGGGUCUAUGGCGCAGACUUUCAAGGCGACCCCUUGUUCAGACUUGAGCAGAUCCAGAUCAAGUUCUUCGCAGAAGUGAAACGCAUGGACCAAGCUAGAGACAUCUUCAAGUCUUUAUCGACGCGUCUGGGAGGCUCAUUCGACUUCUGGAAUAGUUACUACGCCUUCGAAAUAUGGCUGUGGGGCUGGGAGCGCAUGCGCGAAGAACGCCGUGUUGAAAGGCCAGACAACACACCUGUGCUUGCACAUCAAGUAGUGCAGGAAGCUCUUCAGCAGCGAAACUUGGACUUCCCGGAGAGAGUAUUGCAGCUGUAUACGAGCCACUUCCAACAGCACGGGUCUGGUGUCGCACUCCAGCACGCUCUUGCUGAUGCUAGAGAGUUCAGCAAGAAGCUUGCUGCGCAACGUGCCAAGCAGCAAGAAGAAGCGGAGGCUGCGGCAGCACAACAGCAACAACAGGAACAGCUUGCGGCUGCAUCGCAGGCACUGGAUAGCAUUGCAGUCUCGGGCGAGAAACGAAAGCGCGAGGACGAACACGAACAUGUCGACUCCUCGAAGAAGGCCAAGACUCUCCUAGAACCGGUUGCAGAAGAACAUCAUGUCGAUUCUUCUGCCACUGCAGAUGCACUGAAGAAGCGCGAUCGGGAAAACAACUCAAUCACACUUCGAAAUCUGCCGCUUAGUGUCAAAGACGUGGAUAUCAAGAAAUUUUUCAACGGCUGCGGUAAUCCUGUCUCGAUCAAUACUAUCCAGGACAAAGGGGGGGAAACAGUUUCGGCAAUAGUCGAGUUUGAGACAGAGGAAGAUGUGAAGGCUGCCAAGACCCGCAGUGGCAAAGAGCUUGGAGGACGUGAGGUCAACAUACAGAGCGGCACAGGCAGCACGCUUUACGUCACCAACUACCCGGCCGAAUACGACGAUGGGCUUAUUCGUCGGCUCUUCGAGAGCUAUGGCGAGAUCGUCAUGGUGCGCAUGCCUUCGCUCAAGUACAAUUCGCGUCGGCGCUUUUGCUAUGUUCAAUUCCUCACGCCUGAUAUGGCCAACGCUGCCGAGGCGGCUAUGGACGGCAAGAAGCUAGAUGGCCGUCACACUUUACUGGCAAAGAUUGCCAACCCCGAUGCGAAGAAACCACGCACUGGCGCGCUGAGCGAAGGUCGUGAGAUCAUGGUCAGACAAUCCGAUCGAGAGGCAUCUGAACAGCAGAUUCGCCAGUUCUUUGAAUCCUAUGGUGACAUUGAACGAAUGAACAUUGUUCGACUUGUGAACAAUAAGCCGACAGGUACGGUCUUCAUCACUUAUGCCACUGCCGAACAAGCUACCGCAGCUGUUGAGGGCACGAAUCUAAAGCCUUUCCGCGAUCGCAUUCUUCAGGUGCAGAUUGUGAGCCCCAAGGGCCGUGGCGCUGCACCUCACGAGCGUGCGGGACGUGAAGACUUUGUGGUCAAACAAGAAAAGCCGUCUGCUACCCCAGAGCCGGCCGAAAAUGGUGUUCGUCGAGGAUCCGAUGUAUCGAUGCAGUCAGUGCCUCGCGACGAAGCUUCAUAUGAGGCUAUCAAAGCACGCAAGAUCGCCAUCUUCAAUAUUGACGAGACUGUCAAUGAUGCUCGCAUCAAGACUGCCAUGGAACAGUACGGCCCCAUCACCAAGAUUCAGCUGCGCCGCGAGAGGCGUGGCGCCAUCAUCGAAUUCAAAGACGUCAAGGACGCAUUCAGGGUUCGCAUGGGCGUCGAUGUUCGCAGUUUAGGUAGUGAAGCGAGCACUGGCGACGUGACAGAUUUGCUCGCAAAACAGCACCAGAAGAGAACCGGUGACGGAUCCAGGCCCGCAGCUUUCAAGCCCGCCUUUGCUCACCCUCAAGCGACACGACCGGGUGCAGGCCGUGGUGGUCGCCGAGGCGGUCUGGGCUUCAAGCGUGGCGGAUUCCCACCCAGUAGCGCAAGAGGUAAUGUUGCUGGUGCUGGUGGUGACUCUGGAGCCGAGACCAGCAAAAAGAGCAACAACGAUUUUCGCAGUAUGCUGGAGGCGAGCAAGACGAAAAAGGAUGAAACUAAUGGCGAUAUGGAGGACUAGAUGAGACUGCGGGGAGAAAUAAUAUGUAGAUGAGUUGUUGGUACGUACACCUUGUUGAUAUAUAUAACAAGCUGUC